AACGGAAUUGUCCGCAUUGAUUUUCCCGAAUUUCUCGCCAUUCAUGAGCAACAGCUUCGCUCUGGCGGUAUUCCCGGCCAUUUUUGGAUGACGUUGCACAAGAAACUUUUGGAUGAGGUUUUCUAUAUCAAGUCUUGGUCAUUGUUCUAGAUAUAUGAUGCCAGUGCAUACUUUGUUAUGAAUCGUGUUGAGUAUGAAGAUGGUGGUGACGAGGAAGACGAUUCUGUCGAUUGGCAAAUUGCUUUAAAUUGCGAGAGGUUGCAAAGGAUGGACCCGAAUGCGUAGGCUUAUCGUUUUCGUUCUCAGGACACCGUUUUAAAGGAUCUUCCUUGUAGACCAUGCUUGGACGUUUGAAUUAAACUCGAUGCGACAGUCUUUGAUAGCGUUUCCCAACUUACUGGAUAGAAUGCUGGAUCUGAUGUCCAUCAAACAAACGAGUAGGGAUCGAGCGGACUUGAUUGAAGCAGUCUGUGAAAAUGUUUGGAAGUAUUGCCGCUACUACAAAGUUUCCAUUGAAACGUCGGGGGACAUGCCACGACCAUCAUCCGAGUCUCAGCAAAUCAGGUGGUACGUGCCUGACGAAGUCGGAUCCCGAAUCGCUCACUCCGAUCAACCCAACGGUCGAAUGGUUCCAUUUUUCUACAUCCCACGGGGUGUUUGCUAUUCUGUGUUUUGGUCCAAUUGUGAUCUACUGGAAGGAGACGAGCUGACAUUGGAUUAUGUGGAGCAUAUAAAAGAUCCUAUUCUGCGGCCGCUUUACUUGCUUCCAUGGCAGCCAGGCGAUUUUUCGGACGAGCCUGUGCAACACUCUUUUGUGCUGUCGGAGGAGUUUUUCCAGUCUCACCGGGUUCAAGAAACACUACCCGUUGAUUCGUCCACAUCCGAAUCAUCCGUUGGUGAAUCAAAACUCCCACUUGCCGUUUUCACGGAUAUCGAAUUGGUAUCAAAGCAUUUGACAGAUCCGCGGUUCAAACUUGUGACAGCGGAGAAGGAUGCAUCCAUUUUAUGGAUAUACGGACAUUUCAAAUCUUUCAAGGAGCUCACAGAGGAUCGGAGACACCAGAUGGUAAACCAAUUCCCGGGAGAGCAAGUGGUCACUGUUAAAGAUCUGUUAGCAGCCAUUGCCAGUUUGUGGGCUUCUUCCACCAACAUGAAUGACGACUGCACACAAGAAGAUUGUAUUGACAACAGACUAACCUGCAACUGGUACCCCAUCACUUUCAAUUUGGUGCACGAAUUACCUGCAUUUGUGUCCUACUUUCAACAGAAACAAGAUCGAAUAAAUACCGCCGAAGCGCCCAGUCCCUCGGUGUGUGCAAAAGCUGCGUGCCCCCGAAAACAGAUCCGUGGCUCUCGAGCUGCUUCUGCUGACUUUCCUCCGACAUGUGAGCGCAACUUGUGGAUACUCAAGCCAUGGAACCUCGGACGAGGCCUGGGUAUCAAUAUUUCGGAAAAUUUGAACCAGAUUAUUAGACUUUCUGACACGAAUCCACUCAUUGCAAGCCGCUACAUCACGGAUCCCGUUCUUUUCUAUCGGGAGGACAUCAACGCGAACGUGAAAUUUGAUGUACGCUAUGUGGUCUUCUUGCGAUCUGUACAUCCGUUGAAGCUCUACGUCUACAAUGUGUUUUGGCUGCGCUUCGCCAACAAAGCAUUCUGCCUUUCCAAUUUUGAUGACUACAACAUACAUUUUACGGUAAUGAACUACCGUGAAAAUGACACACUGAAACAGAUCCACUGCGAUGAAUUCAUCCAGCUGUUUAAUGAACAGUAUCCCAAUACCACGUGGCGCGACGUUCAGGCAAAUAUAUACAACACCAUUGUGGACCUGUUUGUUGCUGCAUCAAGUAAUCCUGCACCAAGAGGCUUCGUCCCCUGUGAUCAAUCUCGUGCACUUUAUGCUAUCGACUUGCUUCUCGAAUGGCGCACUAGGAAGGUUGGUCCCAUAGGCGCGGGCUCCCAGUGUCAUUUUAUGCAUCCUGUCAUCUGUGAAGUUAAUUAUUCCCCGGACUGCAAACGGGCCUGUCAGUAUCAUCCAGAUUUUUUCAAUCAUGUAUUCUCCUGUUUGUUUUUGAAUGAAGAAUCAGAGAAGUGUAAUGUUACGCAACUGGCUUGAGAAUGUAAAGCGACUGUAAUAAACUAUUUUUUGAGGCA